AGAGGGGGGAAACAGCAGUUAACGAUCUGGACGGCUUGGCAUUUUGGACGCGCAGUUCGGCGAAUACCAGAUCCAAAUUCUGCCGCAGCAAAAGUGAUCAGUACUCGGCUGUUCUUCAUCCGGGACGGUCGAGUUUGGUGUGACGGCGGAUCAACUUCAAAUAUCAUCCCCCCCUUUGGCGGCAUCCAGAGAAGCAACAUUAGAGAAGUGUGUUAUCGCAAUGGAUUUCCUGUUUAUAUUUUGCAUUUCGACCGUUGCGGUGCUGCUAGCGUACACCGCGUACAAGUAUAUCACGCGAAACAACCGGUACUUUGACACGAAACCGAUACCGAGCCUCGCACCGGAACCGAUCUUUGGUUCCAUGCGCCAUCUAGUGCUAAAGAAGGUAUCCUCCACGGAGUUCAUACGUUCGAUCUACGAGCGAUUCCCUCACGACAAAGUGUUCGGAAUGUUCGACUUCGGGACGCCCGUAUUUGUGGUGCGUGAUCCGGAGCUCAUCAAACGGAUCGCCAUAAAGGAUUUCGAUCAUUUCGUUAACCAUCGGCCCAUGUUUGGACGCAACACGGACCCCAACUCGGAGGCGCUGUUUGCGAAAACCCUAUUCGCGCUAACCGAUCACCAGUGGCGACAGAUGCGGGCCACCCUUAGCCCGGCCUUUACCGGCAACAAGAUGCGUCAGAUGUUUGACCUGAUCGUGGGCUGUAGCGUCCAGAUGGUGCGGUUCUAUCGCUCGCAAGCCAACGGUGCCGCCGGUGGGCUGCUGCCCGUUCUGGAGCUGAAGGAUGUGUUUGGGCGUUUCGCGAACGACGUAAUAGCAACCUGUGCUUUCGGUCUGGAAGUGGACUCGUUCCGCGUGCCCGACAAUGCCUUUUUUGCCAAUGGGAAGCAGUUGAUUAACUUUAAUCGUGCCAGCAUCAUGCUGAAGGUGAUUGGAUACAGUGUGUUCCCGCGGUUGCUGGAGAAGCUACAGGUAGAUCUGUUCGAUCGCGACCAGACAAAGUUCUUUGCGCAGAUCAUCCGUGACACGGUGCGAUUACGGGAGACAGAAGGUGUUGUACGGAUGGAUAUGAUCAAUCUACUCCUGAAAGCUCAGAAAGGCACACUGAAGCACACCAGCACGGAAAAGGACGAACCAACGUUGGAUGGCUUUGCGACGGUCGAAGAAUCGGACGUUGGCAAGCUGGAGUUACAUCGAUCACCGUUCAGCGAAAUGGAAUUCAUUGCUCAGUGUUUAAUCUUUUUUCUGGCUGGAUUCGAUGCCGUCUCGGUUACGCUCACGUUUCUGGUGUACGAACUAACCCUCAACCGUAAUGUGCAGGACAAGCUGUACGUGGAAGUUCUGGCGACCGAAAAAACACUAACCGGAAAGCCACUCUCCUACGACAGUCUCCAGCAGAUGAAGUAUAUGGACAUGGUGGUAUCGGAGGCGCUGCGUAAGUGGACCACGGCCCCUUUCGCUGAUCGUGUCUGUACCCGGGAUUAUGUGCUGGAGACGGAUGACUACCAGUGUACCAUCGACAAGGGUACGGUUGUGUUCAUUCCGAUAGCUGCCAUACAUCAUGAUCCACUGCACUAUCCCGAUCCGGAACGGUUCGAUCCGGAGCGGUUCAAUGAGCGGAAUCGGGAGAGCAUCCGUCCCGGUACCUAUUUACCGUUUGGGAUCGGACCACGUAAUUGCAUCGGAUCACGCUUCGCCCUGAUGGAGGUGAAGGCGAUCGUCUAUCAUCUGUUGCAGUGUUUCGCCUUUGAGCGUGCACCGGAAACACAGGUUCCACCGCCGUUGGUGAAAGGAUUUGCAGGGUUAGGUCCCGAAAAGGGGGUGUACGUACAGUUCAAGUUAAGGGAUAAUAAGCAAGCCUCAGACUAGGAUGAGUAACAGAAGUAGAUCCUUUAAAGGCAUAAAAGUUGGUCCAACAUAUUACAGUUUAACUGUCAUCUAUUAA